UGUGUGUAGUGACAUUAGUGAUGCCCUUCAGUGGUUAUAUCCUCCGGUUUUGUGUAGUUUCCGGUUAGGUUGAAAUGAGUCGAGUAAGCGGUUGAUUAGUUCGGUUGCGAGGAGUUCAGAUUUUUAUCAACGUUCCCAUCAUUUAAAUCAGUAUGAACCAAGAAGGCGCUCGUAAGCCACCCCCUCCUCAGCGACCACCAUUCCCGACCAGACUGCCUUCUCAGGCCUCAUCUGACAUUCCCCCAGCCCGUCCAACUCCCCCACAAAAACCAAACAAUUUGACUGGCUCGACAAAACCAGCCCCCGUCACGCCAGCUCCAUCACUCGACACAGCUCCAAAAUCAUCCCGUGACUCAACAGGCAACAUCAGCCAGUCGAGCGCCACAGCCAGCAACAUCAGCCAGUCGAGCGCCACAGGAAGCAACAUCAGCCAGUCGAGCGCCACAGCCAGCCAGCUGAAACAGACAGCGGCGGAGACUCUGAACAGUACAGCCAGUCAACUCAACAGUACUCUCGCCAAAAUGAAUCCCGCCAUGGAGAAAUGCACUAACUUUAUGCGGCAGUUCCGCGACGCUGAGAGUCGGGAGCUGAAGAAGCUCACGGCCAACCAGUUCAUGGAGGUCUGGGGCCACUACGAUGAGGACGGUAACGGCUACAUCGAAGGCUCAGAGCUCGACGGCUUCCUGAGAGAGUUUGUGUCGUCCGUGAAUGUCCAGGAAACUGGGCCUGAGGAUGCGUUCACUGCUUCUGCCUCGGCGGUGCAAAGCAAGAAGGGGGAGGCGGUGAGCGACCAGAUGUUGUCAGAGUUACGCGACUGCUUCAUGGAGGCAUACGACGACAAUCAGGACGGCAGGAUUGAGAUCCGAGAGCUGGCUCAGCUCCUGCCCAUGGAAGAGAACUUCCUCCUCCUGUUCCGCUUCGAUAAUCCGCUCGACUCCUCCGUGGAAUUCAUGAAGAUAUGGAAAGCCUAUGACCGAGACAACAGCGGCUACAUUGAGGCAGACGAGCUUAAGUCGGUAUUCAAGGUGAGCGAGGGAGCAGCUAAAGUAACUCGCGAAGACAUUGAACGCGUUUUCUCUCUAUAUGAUAGGGACAAUAAUGGGACCAUCGAGAACGAGGAGCUCAACGGCUUCCUCAAGGAUCUUCUUGAACUCGUGAAGAAGGAUUACGACGCGCUGGACCUGCAGGAGUUCCAGGACUCGAUCAUGCGGGGUUGCGACUUCAACAAGGACGGCAAGAUCAACAAGAAGGAACUCACGAUGAUCCUGCUCGCCCUCGCCAAGCACGGGUCAGACGUCGACGAGGCCGAUGUACAAGCCGGCAACCCGCUAGCCGAAAUCGCCAGCUUCGGGAUGAAGGCGCUGAAGAUGCAGAAGCUGAGAGUGCGUCACUUCAUGACCCGGACCCUCGGUAACCCCAACGCCACCCCGCCCUCAGGGUCCAGUUAG